GCGCCCUUUUGGUCAUCUUCACCACCCGGGCUUUUCUGCCGGACGAAAAUAAUUCAAAUAGAAACACGAUACGCAAAAUGAGAAAUUGAGCGGUCAUGAAUUGCUAAGCACAGGCGAAAAACCCAAACCCCAACUUCACGUUUUCUGCGCCGCUACAUCACGAUGCCGCUUCUUCCCGCCAAGCUCCCGCUGGUGCACAGCUUCAGCGAUGGUGCGCUUCACCAGCCGCAGCGACGCAUUCUGCUGAUUGACGCCUACGAUUCCUUUACAAAUAACAUUGUCUCGCUGCUCAAGGAUGCGCUGGGGACCGCGGUGCACAUCCAUGUCCUGCACAUGGACCUGAAGACGCUGCAUGCCGACCCCACGCCCGACUGGACGCCUGCUCAGUUCCUACAGCGCCUGGCGAGCUUCGACGCCGUAGUUUGCGGCCCUGGUCCUGGGUCUCCUCUGCGUGAAGAGGACGUUGGAGCGUUUCGAUUGCUCUGGGACUUGUGCGGCGAAAAGGCGGUUCCUGUGAUGGGCGUGUGCCUCGGCUUUCAGAGUCUGGUUGCCCAUUUUGGCGGUGGCAUCCGGAAACUCCGGAGAGGUUUGCACGGUAUGGUUCGAUUAAUUGACCAUAAGGGACGACACAAUGAUACUGCUGAUGUGUUUACCGGCGUGGUAGACUUCAAGGCCACGCUGUAUCACAGCUUGUGCGCGGAUAUUGGCCAGGACGAUGUUCCUGAUGACGAUUGGGACACAAAGCGCUGGGAGUCUCCUAGCUGCGGUCCAGACUUGGUUCCUCUGGCGUGGGUGACGGAGCCGGAGCAGGGUAAUGAGCGCAUUCUGAUGGCAGUGCGCCAUGCUACUCUUCCCUUUUGGGGCGUGCAGUAUCAUCCCGAGUCGGUCUGCACCGAGGAGGGCGCAAAGGACGUCUUGAAGAACUGGUUCCAACAAGCUGUCAAGUGGAAUGAGACGAAUCGAGAGCAGAUCCAGCCCUGGCUGUUUCCCUCGGCCCAGUCGGAUAGCCUUGACUCGCCUCAGAUUGGCAACACGCCUCGCGAGGCCGCCAGAGAGGGUGUUCCUGCUGUGUUGUAUGAUAAGCUCAAGUCUGGCCUCGCUGCGAAGAAUGCGACAUCGAAAUACGUCUGUCAAACAAUCAAGCUUCCCGCACAUGUUGACACCGCCGAUGUUGCUGAAUUGCUCAACCACGACGCCGUUGAAACCAUCAUGCUCGACUCGUCCAGUGCGCCAAAUGGAGAUCCUCUAGCGAGGAAUUCGGUAAUUGCAGUUGGAAUCGACAAUGCCUUGCGAUUUGAAUAUCAUGCAGGCGAUAAUUACGCAGCGUUCCGACAACCAGCGACCAACUCGACAGAGGAAGAGACCCAACAGGUGAAGCUGAGUGAGACGGGCGCAGAUCCCAUGGCGGCCUGGCAGCUUAUGUCUGCGUACUGGCAGAAGCGCAAAAUCUUUGACGAGGAUGGCGCCGAGCCUUCAUUCAAGGGCGGCUUUAUGGGCUUUAUCACAUACGAGAUGGGUCUAAGCACUCUGAGCGAAGGCAUUUUGGCUACUGAGCGAGGCCAUAGACGGCCGGAUAUUUGCAUGGCCUGGGUUACAAAGAGCGUAGUCUUGGAUCACAAGGCGGGUGUUGUUUAUGUUCAAGAGCUGGCCAAGCCUGAUGGGACAUCUUCAUGGGUUCAAGAUACCGUGGCGAUACUGGAGCAGUCGACAAUCUGGGCUGGUACAUUCUCCGGACCGCCUUUGACGAAUGUGAAGGCGCAGUUUACUCACGAGGAGCUGCUCCAGGAUGUGGAGGCCACGAAACAUGCUGUCCUUGACUUUUCAAUCCCCAACUCGGAAAAGUAUGAAGCAGAUGUUAAGCGUUGCCAGGAUGCCAUCGCUGAAGGAGAGUCCUAUGAGCUCUGUCUCACUGCGCAAACGCUCAUGUCGAGACCUGGAGCGAAGGCGGCCCAUGGUAAACCAGCUCUUUCGAAGAGCUAUGGAACAGACGCGGCACUUACACCAUGGGACAUCUACCGUACUCAGAGAGCCAGACAACCAGCGCCAUUUGGCUCGUUUAUUCGACUUGGCGGCGCUACUAUCAUGAGCAGCUCACCAGAAAGAUUCCUUUCCAACACCCCACAUGGACUGUGCGCUAUGAGACCGAUGAAGGGCACGGUUCGCAAGUCUGCUACCGUCUCUACUCUGGAAGAAGCAGAGAAGAUCCUACAUAUUCCCAAGGAGGAAGCUGAGAAUCUAAUGAUUGUGGAUUUAGUUCGCCAUGAUCUUCACGGUGUCUGUGGACCGGGCCGUGUCACAGUCCCAGAGCUCCUUAAGGUUGAAGAAUAUGCUACAGUGUUCCAGAUGGUCACCGCAGUGAAUGGACAACUUCCGGGAGGCGCUGAUCUUCGAUCCAGGACGCAGCUGAGCGGCUUGGAUGUCCUUGCUGCCGCCCUACCACCAGGAAGCAUGACUGGCGCACCAAAGAAACGAAGCUGCGAAAUCCUCAAGGUGAUUGAGCCCACCGAGCGCAGCAUCUACUCCGGAGUUGUAGGUUUCUUUGACGUCAAGGGUCAGGGCGACUGGAGUGUCACGAUUCGAACCAUGUUCCACUGGGAUGACGAGACGGAACACGAUGGCCAGACAGGCCGAGAAGUAUGGCGCAUUGGUGCAGGUGGUGCCGUCACCAUCCUCAGCACUCCUGAGGGAGAGCGUGAGGAAAUGUUUACAAAGCUUUGCGGACCGUUGGGGGUGUUUAGAGAUGUGGCAUAACGUUUAACAUAUAACUGGGCAAUGGCGUUUCGUUGGACGCGGGGCAUAGAUUUUACAUUUUUCAACAUGAUGACGAACAGCAGACUCAACUCAUACAGAAUAGAACCACUCAAUGCUUAAAACAUACUUUGUGUAAUAAAGAAAUAAUACUGCAAAAUGACCGCUAAUGAGAAAUACAAAGCAUCAUUCUCGUCUCGUCUUGAAUGUGGUAUACAUGAAAAGUCAAAGCUUGCCUUUGCUGCAAGCUAUUCCCCCAAACGCAGAUUCCGAAAACCGCUACCUUGAUAAAGGAUGUGA